GUUUCAAAAUAAACUCAAGAAACAUGACUAUUCUUCUCCCAAAGAAAAAGAUAAAUCAGAUAAAACAGGAAUACAAAGCAAUAGCAAAGAAGCAACUAAUUCAUAUCAAGAAACUAGCAUCAAUAAUAGAGAAAUUUCUAUAGAACAACAAGAAACAAAAGCUUUACAUCAAUAUUUUAGAAAUGAAAGCAAUUCAGUUCACACUUAUAGCCUUCAAAGACCUGACAAGGAAGUUAAUCUUGAUCAAGACAGAUAA